AGGAGCCUCAUCUCCACGUCUCCAGGUGAGCGAGCUUCGCGAGUGAGCAAGCGCGGUGUGCCAACCAAGCGAGCAUAUAGCAUUAUUCCAUCGCCUAACGAUCGCCACAAGAUCGCACCCUUUUGAUCGCAGUGCCCGCAGUGCCCAGCCGUUUCAAUAUCUUUCGAUCGUAACCUGUUUUCGGGGGAAAAUUUGCUGCUGUGAGUGUGAGUGCGGGUUGAAGUUUCCUGUGCGUUUCAUAUUAGAGUCUCCCCAAAGAUGCUGUUGAAGAGCUUUCUGCUGCUGGGUGUCUUUGCCGUCGCCUGCCACGGACAAUCGAAAGUGGCCGUGUUUGUGUACUACGAAUCGCUCUGCCCCGAUAGCGCACGGUUCGUAAACGACCAGCUCUACCCGGUGGCAAAAACCUUUAAAAAGAACCUAGAACUGCAUCUAGUGCCGUUCGGUAAGUCCAGCUACGUAACGCAGGGCUCUGACGUCAUCUUUACGUGCCACCAUGGUGAAAAUGAGUGCUACGGCAACAAAGUGCAUGCCUGUGCCAUCGAGCACAUCAAGGAUAACUCGUAUCAACCGAACAUCUCGAAGGAAGACCUUACGCUUGACUAUGUCAACUGUUUGAUGCACCGCGCCCAAUUGAAGGAUGGUGCCUUCCCCACCAAGCGUUGUGCGGAUGAGGUGAAAAUUGAUCAAUGGCAAGCGAUCAUGGACUGUGCAAACAGCACCGAGGGAAGCCAGCUGUUAAAACAGUACGGCGAUGUGACCAACAAGCUGCAGUUGCCAUUGAAGAGUGUACCAACCGUUGCAUUCAAACAGACGUAUGACGAUGAACUGCAAAAGCUCUCGGUGGAAAGCUUCCGUCAUGCAUUGUGCAAGAAUUUGAGCCCACAACCGAUGGAGUGCCUCGAUCUUCCUGGAUCCGCAUCUGGCGUUACCUAUUUCGGGAUGGUUGUUACCGUAGCCAUUGUACUUGUUACCAGGCUGUUUUAAAUAGCCCUAGUAUCCUCGUGCCCGGUGCGAGAAAAUAGCUGAAGGGUGAAACUUUUAGAAUUCGUAAUGCAUCGUUCGUAGGCACAAAACAAAUGAGGACUUUUAGAGUCUCCUUUUUUAAUGCCAAUUCAUUACUUGGAACAGCGCUGUUCCAAUAUCCGUCCGAAAAAAUGUAGUUCAUCUAAAUCAUUCCAAGAUGAUGUGUUUUAAUAAAAAGAUGAAAUCGAAA